CUAGUGUUGCCAUGGCUCCACGUUUGCUUCACGGCACCCUUGAUGCCACCAUCUAUGAAGUUGAUAGGAUACGUACUAGAUGUUGUUUCAAUUUAUGCCCAAAGAGCAGAUUCUUAUCCCAAGUCCAAAAAUUGGUGCUAUGUGCACCUAAGACUGUAGGUUCCAACAACUAUGCAACUAUUGAUUUAGACGAGGCAAGGGUUGGGCGGACUAGAAUGACAGAAAAUGAAUCCUCCAAUCCUCGGUGGCAUGAGUCCUUUCACAUCUACACUGCCCAUGAGGUUUCUAAUAUUAUUUUCACCGUCAAAGGUGAUAAUCCAAUUGGCGAAACACUAAUUGGAAGAGCUUAUCUGCCUGUUGAGGAAGUUAUAGAUGGCAGUAUGGUGGACAGAUGGAUCACCAUAUUGGAUGAAAACCAUAACCCUGUAUAUGGAAAUUCUAAAAUCCAUGUCAGGGUGCAGUUUUUUAGUGUUACUAAAGACAAUAAUUGGUCUCGAGGAAUCCAAAGUUCGACAUUCAAAGGAGCCCCUUAUACAUUCUUCAAGCAGAGAGAAUGUUGCAAUGUGACACUAUAUCAAGAUGCUCAUGUCCCAGAUGGUGUUAUCCCCGAUUUCAUUCUAUCUGAAGAUAAAACUUUCGAGCCUCAACCAUGCUGGGAGGACAUCUUUGAUGCUAUCACUAAUGCAAAACACUUAAUUUAUAUUACCGGGUGGUCUGUGUAUGCUCAAAUCACCUUGAUAAGGGAUCCGAGGAGGCCAAAGCCUGGAGGAGGCAUUACGCUCGGAGAACUGCUCAAGAAAAAGGCCAAUGAAGGCGCGACAGUUCUUAUGCUUGUUUGGGGCGACAGAGCGUCAGUUGAGAUUAAGACAUUGAAGAGAGAUGGCUUGAUGACAACCCAUGAUCAAGACACUGGAGAUUACUUUCGAAACUCAAAAGUUCGUUGCGCUCUGUGUCCCCGAAAUCCUGAUGAUGGAAAGAGCGUAGUUCAGGGAUUUGAGGUUUCUACCAUGUUUACACACCAUCAGAAGACUGUAGUGGUGGAUAGUGAAGUUCCUGGAGGAGAGUCAGCAAAGAGGAGGAUAGUGUGUUUUGUUGGCGGUAUUGAUCUAUGUGAUGGACGAUAUGAUACUCCAGAACAUUCUCUAUUCAGGACUUUGGACACAACUCAUCAUGAUGAUUUCCAUCAACCCAACUUUAAAGGCUCUUCUAUCACAAAAGGAGGUCCUAGGGAGCCCUGGCAUGACAUUCAUUGUCGGCUAGAAGGGCCUGUUGCAUGGGAUGUGCUGUACAAUUUUGAGCACAGGUGGAAGAAGCAAGUUGGGAAUCAAUUCCUUUUUUCUACCAAUGAGCUUAAUGAAAUCAUUAUUCGCCCUUCGCCAAUUACAUCGCCUCAAGACCCUGAAACAUGGAACGUGCAGAUAUUCCGAUCAAUUGAUGGUGGUGCUGUUUAUGGAUUUCCUGAAAAUCCUAAGGAUGCAGCCGAAGUAGGCCUUGUUAGUGGGAAGGAUAACAUCAUUGACAGAAGCAUUCAGGAUGCUUAUAUCAAUGCCAUUCGAAGAGCAAAGAAUUUUAUCUAUAUUGAAAAUCAGUGUUUUCUCGGUAGCUCAUAUGGUUGGAAAUCAAAAGAUAUUAAAGAUGAGGACAUUGGUGCUUUGCAUCUUAUACCAAAGGAGUUAUCACUAAAGAUUGUUAGUAAGAUUGAAGCAGGGGAGAGGUUUACUGUCUACGUCGUAAUUCCAAUGUGGCCAGAAGGUAUACCCGAGAGUGAUUCUGUUCAGGCAAUAUUAGAUUGGCAGAGGAGAACAAUGGAGAUGAUGUACAAGGACAUUGCUCGUGCCCUACAAAUUAAGGGCCUUACAGCAAAUCUUAGAGAGUUUCUGGCAUUUUUCUGCCUUGGGAACCGGGAAGUCCAUAGACCAGGAGAGUAUACGCAUCCAGAGAAACCAGACCCUGAUACUGAUUACAGUAGAGCUCAGCAGUCCCGACGCUUCAUGAUCAAUGUUCACUCAAAAAUGAUGAUUGUUGAUGAUGAAUACAUAAUCGUUGGGUCUGCUAACAUCAAUCAAAGGUCAAUGGACGGCGCAAGAGAUACCGAGAUUGCAAUGGGAGGCUACCAGCCACAUCAUUUAGCAACCAAGCAGGCGGUUAGGGGUCAUGUACACGGUUUCCGAAUGGCCUUAUGGUAUGAGCACCUUGGAGAUGCAGAUGACAUACUUCUUCAUCCAGAGUCUCUCGGUUGUGUCCGGGCAAUGAAUACAAGUGCUGAUGACAACUGGAAAAUCUAUUCGAGCGAAGCAUUUGAGCAUGACAUUCCUGGCCAUCUUCUUACCUACCCCAUAGCAAUCUCCGAAAAUGGAGCAAUUUCUGCAUUGCCAGGAUUUGAGUUCUUCCCCGACACAAAAGCUCGUGUCCUCGGCACCAAAUCUGACCACCUUCGUCCAAUCCUCACUACUUAAACCACAUUGCUCUCCAUAUACUCGUAGUACAUUGUUGUUGUGAUAAUCAUAUUUAGAGAGGAAACCUUCGUGGUAUGUAAAAUCACUUAAAAUCUCUUCUCUAGGGGUCUUAUUAUAACCGUGACCCUAGAAUUGGGUUAAAUUGUGUAAAAUAUUGUGUUGUGCGUAAAUAUAUAUA